AUGGCAGAGGCAACACCUAAAGGGGCGGCAAAGCGACCAGAGAUGAUUGCCCAGGGCUCAAGCAAGAGACUGGCAACACCCAAGCCGCCAGCAGACAUGUACGCCUAUCAGACACCUUUAUCGAGCCGCUAUGCGAGCGCAGAGAUGUCUGGCCUCUUUUCCUCUGCCACACGGUUCGGCACCUGGCGUAAACUAUGGCUCAAUCUCGCCAUCGCUGAAAAGGAACUCGGCUUGCCUAUUCCAGACGAGGCUAUAGACCAGAUGCGCAAGCACCUCACGCUCGACCCGAAGCAAAUGCAGCAGGCAAACGACGAAGAGAAGAAGCGCAGACACGACGUCAUGGCUCAUGUGCACGUCUUCGGUCUCGUCGCUCCUGCUGCUGCUCCCAUCAUCCACCUUGGCGCGACAUCAUGCUACGUCACAGACAAUGCUGAUCUCAUCUUCCUCAAAGAAGGUCUAGCGCUUCUUAUCGACAAGCUUGCUGUCGUCAUUGACCGCUUCGCGACUUGGGCAAAGAAGCAUCGCGAUUUGCCAUGUCUCGGUUGGACUCAUUUCCAGCCAGCUCAACUGACCACCGUCGGCAAACGCGCCACACUGUGGAUACAGGCGCGCUACUGCGAGCUCUUGUGGGACCUGCGAAACAUCAAGAGAGCGCACAGCGAUCUCGGGUUCAGAGGCGUCAAGGGCACAACAGGCACACAAGCGUCCUUCCUCGCCUUAUUUGACGGCGACCAUGCCAAAGUGGAGAAGCUCGACCACCUGGUCACCAAGCUUUCCGGAUUCGAUCAUGCCUAUCCCGUAACUGGCCAGACCUACUCUCGCAAGAUUGACAUCGAUGUCUUGCAACCGCUUGCUUCCUUCGGUGCGACUGCACACAAGAUUGCGACAGAUAUCAGAUUGCUGGCCAACCUCAAAGAAGUAGAAGAACCUUUCGAGAAGGAUCAGAUUGGCUCGAGCGCGAUGGCUUACAAGCGCAAUCCGAUGCGAUGCGAGCGUGUCUGCUCACUUGCUCGCCACUUGAUGGUGCUUCAGCAGAAUGCGCUCAUGACGAGCAGCGUCCAAUGGUUCGAGCGCACUCUUGAUGACUCAGCAAACCGACGUGUGACGAUUCCGGAAGCUUUCCUGACGACAGACAUCAUCUUGACGACGCUACAGAAUGUCUCUGAAGGCAUGGUCGUCUACCCGGCCAUCAUCAAGCGACAUAUCGCUCAGGAAUUACCCUUCAUGGCGACAGAGAACAUCAUCAUGGCUAUUGUCAAGAAGGGCGGCGACAGGCAGCUCGUCCACGAGAAGAUCAGAGUCCUCUCGCAUCAGGCCGGCAAAGUCGUCAAGGAAGAAGGAGGGGAGAAUGACCUCAUCCAGCGCGUCAGGGACGAUGACUUCUUCAAGGCGAUCCAUGGCGACCUCGAGGGACUGCUAGAUCCGAAGAGCUUCUACGGCCGCGCACCGCAACAAGUCGACUCCUUCCUAGCGGACCACGUCGAGCCUGCCCUGAAGCCGUACAGAGAAUCUGGAGCACUCAGUCAGGCAGGCUCGGCCGAGCUUAAUCUGGGAGUGCGCCGUCAGCUUGCUGGAGCAGUAGCAGCCGGGGAAGCCCUGCCCUGGUCGCCACUGCCAUAUACCAACAACGGUCUCUCUGUGCAUACCCGCCGGUCUUCGUCAAAGAGUCAUGUCACUCUGACGACCACGAACACAAAGACCGGCAUCGAGACUCGAGACGACAGCAGGCAAUCGCCGUGCGAUCUGGAGUCAUCUAGCCGUACACUCGCAGCUGCCAAGUCGGUCGAGGACAUACCCGUUCAUCCAUUCGAUACCCACAUACUCCCGGACGUCGACCUGCGCAUCGAAUCGCUCCUCGAGACAGGAUCGUCAUCUCAAGGUGCUUUACCCGACCUGAUCAACCCAUCCGAGGGACUGUCUUGCACCUUCAGACGGUUCGAGUUCUCACAGAGAGUACGAGCACCCUCAGGUCCGCUGACUCAAUCGCACCGAACUGACUCUCUGACAAUGGAGCUAUACACUUUAUCGUUCUGCAUGCCACGCGUGUCUUCGUCGCGUGGCUCGUCUAGCGAAUCAAUUGGCCAGCAGGAGUCUCGGCCUGCUCAUGCUCUGCCUAAAAGCAGCCUGUCGGCUACUCGUCCAGCCUUGGCGUCAAAUCCGGGAUCAUAUGCCUCUGCUGCUGCCACAACUUCGUCUGAUCCAGUGCAGGCGCUCCCUCAGCCUCGGCACAGCGACGAAGCCAUCAGGCCGCGCAGAACAUCCUUGCUCUCCAACGUUAGCACGCCAGAGACGCUCCUCGAAUCUUCGGCGAAAGUAGCCGCUUCGGACGUACUAGCCGGCCCAUCACGUCGAGAAGUAAGCUUCGGUCAUGGACAGGCUCAAUCGGUCAGCGUGUCUUAUACCCAAGCUGACCCUGAUCGACAACGAGCGACUCGCUACCAUCACGGUCAUUCGGCCAGUCUGGGCGCAGCAGUUACCCCGCCUAGGCAUCGGAGCAGCAGUAACUUGACCGAUAUAAGCUUUCCGGGAUCAGGAACAGGUUCGCGCGAUCAGUCGGCAAGGCAAUCGCCCGUCUCGACCUUCUUGCCUCCUUUGCCAGCCGCCGAAUCGCGAUCUGCCGCUGGCGCGAUUGGUGCGAGCAGCGCUCGCGAUCCUGCUCCGGGGUCUGCUAGCCCUGCCUCGCGACACAUACGCAGCCUGACUGCCAGCGGUCUAACUACCCGAUCGCCCGACCUGCUGCCACUCGAGGAUGUGCUGCGGUCGCGAGAGCCAUCGCGCAAUCAGUCUAUAAGUGGCCCAAUAGGCUUUGUGCCGCAGCGUGCAAGCGAGGAACAGAUAUCUGCUGUCGGUUCCGGUCAGCUGUCAAACACCCAGCCCGUGAAUAUUGCUCUGAGCGCUUCUGCUCGUCCUGCCCGGGACAGGGUCAGCGUAUCAUCUUUCGGCACUGCGCGCAGUUUGCAUACUUCGAACAACUCUGUCGUGUCUGUUCUAUCGACUUCUGCCUCAUCGGUCAACUCGUCAGGAGCGGAUCAGGGCGACUCUGCGAGUUCGGCGCUUCUUUUGGGCGAUCAGACCGACCAUCUUAUCAGUCUUGAGUCGCAAAGAGCAAUGACGCAGCUCACUGCCGAGCUUAUGUCUCAGAGCAACUGUCUUGUCAACAGUCAACUCGUUACAGCCUCAGAUGCUGCGCCCGAACGCUUCAAUCUCUACCUCAGCGGCAGUUUUCCAGGCGUGAUGGCGUCACGCAUGGCGCUGCUGCUCAAGUCGCCUUUGCCCAACAAAUCGGUCGUUUAUGUCCCCCGAUCGGACGUGCUCGACGCCGACGAGCAAGUCAAAACCGAGAUGCGCCGCAAAUUGGAUGAGAUCGCAUCGCUUACAAAGGCUCACCUUGCGAUCGUCGGCCAGGCUUCGCAGAUAAUUGAUUAUGGUCUCGAGCUCAAACGCACAGUGGCCAUAGUCAUCACGGGACCUUAUGAGAGCGUCGAGCAAGCUCGCGUUCGGCUGCUCGUCCUCCUUGACGAGCUCACAGGCUUGCAUUCGGAAGUAUGUGAGAUCGACUACAAGCUUCACAACAUCAUUGCCGGUCGUCAGCGUGCCGUAUUGCAGAGCAUACAGGAAGAGACCAUGACCAAUAUCUACUUUCCAACGUCCCUGUCUGGCCUCAUUGAUGCGAAGAACCCGAGCCUGCAAUCUCGCCAGAACCUUGUCUUCAUCACUGGCGACUUUUUUGGCGUCCAACGAGCCCGCGAAGUUCUCUUUCAAAUCUCGCUCAACCAGAGCAAGUGCAUCAUUUCGCGUGACACCGCGGUUCUGCCUAGAAAGCUUGACUGGCUUCUGACGCAGAGAAGCGGCGAGCUAAAAUCGAUCAUGACGGAUAACGCUACCUUCGUCGCUUUUCCGCCUAUCGGAUCUCAGAUCAGUCAUGUGUCUAUUUUCGGUGACGUCCGAGCCAACAUCGAGCGCACGAUCAGGUCGCUGAUGUUGCUGGCAAGUGAGUACUAUGUCGCGAGCGUAUGGCUGCUUCCCCUACAAUUCGACGCCCGAGGGACAUCAGGCAGUCUCAGCGCUAGCGACAUUCCGCAAAUACUCAGGCACCUUGCCAUCGAAUCUGGUGCCGAAGUCAUAUUCAAAGGCAACAGCUUCGAGAUACACGGUCUAGAGUCAGAAGUCAAGCUCGCGGUCACUGAGCUCAUCCGCCAUGAAGUCGUCAAGUCAUUUCAUGCAGAAGUCCGCUUCCAAAUCGAGCUCGCCAAUGAGCAUCGAGACUUCCUGUCAGGCAAGAAGAACGGCAAGCUGACUAAGAUCAUGAAGCAAGCAUUGGUCAAGAUACGAUUCGAAAGCUUCAACGAUUACAACUUCUUGAUCGACCUAUCCGGCAAUCAGUCCAAUAUCUUAGAGGGUCUUGCGCUUUUGCAGGAAGAGCUCCCCUCUGAGCUAUCUUUCCACGUCCCGGAAACAUACCAUAAGCGCAUCAUUGGCGUCGGCGGCAAGAACAUCCAGCGCAUUAUGAAGCGACUCGGCGUGUAUGUAAAAUUUGCCAAUUCCGAAGAGCAUGCUGUGAUGGGCGGCUAUCGACACAAUGCGGACAAUGUCGUCGCUCGCACUCCAGCAAAGAAUGCUGCUAGUCUUGCAGAGCUCAAGGCGAGCGUGCUCGAGCUUGUCAACGCACGCGACAAAGACUUCGUCACCGUCUCUGUUGACGUUCCCCGGCGCUAUCAGCGAAGUCUAACCGGUGAGAAGAGCAUCUUUGUUCAUGACAUCGAGAAGAAAACCAAUUGUCUUCUUCGCUACCCUGCCAGAGAAACAGGCAGCGACAACGUCGAAAUCUAUGGACCUGCAAGCGAGAUCCCCUCGGCUAUCGCGGCACUGAAGCAACACAUUCCAUCUGAAGCCGAGUAUCGCCUGCCUCACAGCUCAGACAUGGCACAGCUAGCAGUCUCGCCCGACUUCUUUGCUUUCGGCGAGUCGCUCAAGCAAGACUUUGCGAUUAGUCUUCUGCCGUGGAUCGAUCGCACCCGAGGCAUCGAGGAGACUGUGAUUCAAAUGUGUCUCAACCAGAGCCAUUGCGACCACCUACCAGCAGCUAGGAACCGUCUCGAGAAUUACCUACUCAAUCGCAAUAUACCACUUUACCCUGCCUCUGUGCGUCCCGGAAGCAGCACUACCGCUCGCAGAGAUAGUAGCGCGGCAAAUGCGCCACUAGCCGAGACUUUGCUUGCCUUGUCGACACCACAAAAUGUAACGGAUUCAAGCGCGAGUCCAUGGGGCGAUCCCCGCUCUCACGGGAGGUCUUCAUUUGAUCCUGACUACGCGCAUGCCAUCCGUCAGCACACAUCUCGAGCUGGCAGUCUAGAAGGACACCGCGUAACGCGCCCUGAUGGCUCGACGACACCCACGCCUGCCACAAUGCACAAUUUGUUCGGCCAGCUUCAGUUGCAAUAG